GGAGGGGGCGGGACUUCCGGCUGUACGCUAGGUCAGGGGGCUCCCGGGCUCGAGUCGUCCUUGCAUCCGCACGUGUCUGCCGCCUCCGCUGCAGCGAUGCUUCCUCUGCUGCGCUGCGUGCCCCGCGCCCUGGGCUCGGCAGUCGCAGGCCUCCGCGCCACCGCGCCCUCCCCGCAGCUCCGGCAGCUGCUGCAGCCUGCGUCCCGGCCUUGUGCCCGGCCCUUCGGGCUGCUCAGCGUGCGCGCUGGCUCGGCGCGGCGGCCCGGGCUCCUGCGGACUCGCGCGCCCUGCGGCUGCGGCUGCGACGCGCUACACACCCAAGGGGACAAAGCUUUUGUUGAAUUCCUCAGUGAUGAGAUUAAGGAGGAAAAGAAGCUACAGAAGCAUAAGUCCCUCCCCAAGAUGUCUGGAGAUUGGGAGCUGGAAUUGAAUGGGACAGAAGCCAAAUUAGUGCGGAAAGUUGCUGGAGAAAAGGUCACUGUCACCUUCAACAUUAACAAUAGCAUCCCACCAACAUAUGAUGGGGAGGAGGAGCCUUCCCAAGGGCAGAAGGUUGAAGAGCAGGAGCCUGAAUUGACGUCCACUCCCAAUUUCGUGGUUGAAGUUACAAAGGAUGGUGGCAAGAAGGCCCUUGUGCUGGAUUGUCACUACCCAGAAGAUGAGGUUGAACAAGAGGAAGAUGAGAAUGACAUUUUCUCUAUCAGAGAAGUGAGCUUUCAGUCCACUGGAGAGUCUGAAUGGAAGGACACAAAUUAUACACUCAACACAGACUCCCUGGACUGGGCCUUAUAUGACCACCUGAUGGAUUUCCUUGCGGACCGAGGGGUGGACAACACCUUUGCGGAUGAGUUGGUGGAGCUCAGCACAGCCCUGGAGCACCAGGAGUACAUUACUUUUCUUGAAGACCUCAAAGGUUUUGUCAAGAGCCAGUAGAGCAGACAAGACACUGAACUCCUUAAUUUUGUGCCAGGCUUUGGCCAGUGAACAAAACCUACUCUGAAGCUAGACAGAUGUGCUUUAAAAUGGUUUUUGUCCUAGUAUCAUGGAAAAUAAUUCCAAUUUAAAUUAUUUCUGUUUCCCUCUUACUAUUCAUUUAUUUCUUCUCUAUAAAUCUAUGCCUAGAUUUUUCAAUAACAUAAUGAUGGACAAUAAAAUUGGCUCAUCUCCUCCAA